ACAAAUCACGCCCAAGAUUCCUCCCGAACAAGUCCCGAACAACCAUCGUUUCCUCCUGUUUCUUUAUAAUUGGAAUUGUGACCUUCAGAAUUCUCCCCUGCAAAUGAUGGAAAUGGUCACGCUCGAUGAAGAACAAACCAAGAUUGUGCAUAAUCAAUUGGCAGUCCUCCUGGAGAAGCGCCAGUAUCCGAAAACCAUCUGCCCCUCCGAAGUCGCCCGAGCAUUCACACAGCAGGAAUUGGAUGCUCUCGGAGCCCGAACCUGGAGAGAUACCAUGCACAAUAUACGUCAAUUGAUUUGGGAGAUGCGGAAUGACGGAGCAGUUGAAGUCCUUCAGAAGGGGGAGAUCUUGUCAGAUGAAACAAUGACACUAGAAGAUGUUCAUGGCCCGAUCCGGGUUCGUGCCAAACAGAUUGACGAGCAGCGGUGAGAUCUUGGGAUUCGUCCAAGAAUGCCCAGAAUGCAACCCGAUUAGGCUAUUACAAGCAAUAAUUAAGUACUUUCUAAUGAUAUGUGUAUG